CCACUCUCUCAAAAAUAUCUCCCAUUUACAAUUAUACCCUUCUCCUUCCCAAUUCUCUCAUUUUCCUCCCAACAUUUUCAUUUCCCUUCCCUUCUAGAUCUCAGAUAUCACCAUGGGAGUCGCUGUUGUUCUUCAUCCUCAUGAUUGUUCUCAUAAAAAACCGGUACCCAAUCGCCGUCGCCGGAGUCCGCCACGUCACCAAACCCCGAUCUCUCAUCCUCCUCCGCCUCCUCCUCUCAACAACACCAAUCCGGUUCGAAUUCUGAAACGUGGCGAAGAUAUCACCGUUAAGAUACCAGAUCUGAAAUCUAACCGUCAAACCGGUUCAGAUCCGGUUAAGAUUUCGGAUCCGAUUAGAAUUCCAAACCGGAAACCGAUGCCGGCUUUGUUUUACGCUGGUCCAGUCACAUCAACCUCUCCUCCGCCUAGCGAAGUCCCUUUACCGGCGUUCUUCGCUAAGAAAAACGUCUCUGAUGCAACCAAUGAUCUCAUCAGAAUCCUGCGAUUAGAUAUCGCAUGAUUCAUUUCUUUCUCCGAUCAUCUAAAUCCACCUUUAACCGACGAAAAUGUCCGGUUCUCCGAUCGUUUAAACCAGUCGCAUUCUCCGAUCGUCGGGAUUUAAAAGAGCUCUAGAGACAUCUUUUGUUAUGAAACGUUUUUCGAAUUCUUCUUUUAUUUUUUCAAGGGGAAGAUUCGAAGUAAUCUUGUUAAACAAGUCUUUAGUUUCGCUUCUAGGGUUUAGUAUGUAGUAAUAUGUGAAUAGGCUUAAGCAUUUCAUUGUCUCUUUGUAGGUUCUCUUUUGAAUAAAGUUAUGGCUUGUAAUGUUUUUUUUCUUAGAGUUUUCAUAAUAAUAAUCUGUUAAGUGUGAUUUAGGUUUGAAGUAGAGAAAUGUAAUCUUCUAAGUAUUUCUUAUUGGAAAUAGCUCUUUAUGUGUUUGAUAUCUUCCUCUUGUUGAUCAUCAUUUGAAUUUUAAUGAGAUUUUUGUAGAUUAUACUGUGUGAGUUGGAUUACAAAGAAAAGUAAAGUGGUUGCUAGUUA